CACGUUUCUUGAUUACAGGAAACACGUUUCACCCACACUGGAGUCACUGUCUUAUUUUGACCCUUCAUAGAUUUAGUAAUGUAACGCAGUCUGAGGAGGCUGGAAUGAAGGCGCCUGGACUUGAUCUCCUCAGAGAAGCUUCUGCAGAGGCCACAUGAAGAAGCUUCUGUGACGAGAGGUGAAGCGUAAGUCCAGCCUCCUCAGACUGCCAUGAGCUGGAUGACAGAGAACCUCCACAGACAUGUUUGUGCUGUCGUUAAUGUGUUAGAGCUGGACUCUGCUUCAGAUGAUGGUGGAGGUUUCAUGUUUGCGAGGAUGAUUUGUGGUCAGCGCGACCAUCGGGUUCCUGAUGAACAAAGCGCUUCAUACGCUCCUCGGUUUCUGUCUGAAGAGUCCUCCUGGAUCCAAACAUCUUCCGCCCGCUGUGCCUGAACGCUCGCAGGUUCAGAAACACUUUCAGACGUCCUCAGCCUCUGUAUGUGUGUCUACGCGUGAAACUGAGGGUCGGCGUGGCCGCACUGGGAAGAUGCUCUGAGGAUGUCGGAGAGGUCGCAGUGGGAUCGCUGACAUCAUCCUUCCUGUGAUUACCAAACUUCCCCUAACUGUGGGCUUCAGGCCCAUGCAGCCAUGAAGGCUCGGAUGCUUCCUCAUUUGCUUGGUGAUUUUCUAGAAACCCUGAAAUGUGCCAGCAUUUGCAGAAAACACGGACCAGCUUCCUCUUCGGCUGUGAGUCAGAGCUGCUAGAAAGAUCAGGAAACCAGAGCCGAGUCCUCAGCUGGGAACGUUUGACGCGUCCACCAUGGCUCGGGUCGCCCUCCUGUGUCUGCUCGCGUCCAUCGGGCGCUGCGUGGGUCAGAGGUUCCUGUCAGAGAGCUCUGUGCACGCAGGUGUCGGAAGCAAUGUGACGCUGAAAACUCCGAUUCACGACCUGCAGAGCUCGGCUCUGUUCUGGCACUUUAAUGACGGGAAGGAGAUCGUAAAUGUUGCCUCGGUGAGCUCCUCCACGCUCAGACUGAACACGUCCUACGAGGGCAGAGCGUGGAUUAAUGCAGCCAACGGCCACCUGACCCUGGGUGCGCUGACGCUGCAGGACAGCGGGGACUAUAUCAUCACCAUCGUAUACAAACACGGUCAGAGCGACGUCGCAAAGAUACGACUCACGGUCUCAGGGAGCCAGCAUGGAGCACUCGUCACAUGUGGACGCUCGGUUUUCAGCACGUACGGCCAAACCGUGUCAGGGCCAGGUGUGGUGGUCCCAGCUGCAACAAUGACAGCUCCAACCACCGGCACCACCUCCACGCCAGCUCUCCCUGAGCAGAUCACAGAUUACUUUGUGUCUCUGGUUGUGUGUGUGGUUGUGAUCGUCGUGCUGUCAGCUGGUUUCCUGCUGCUCCUCUACAGAUGGAUGGAGAACAGGAAGAACAGGAAUUCAGAUGGAAGACAGGUGGAGAUACCUGCAGCCCAGCAGAAGAACGGAGCUCCAGGAUCCACAUGUGCAGACUCCACCUACGAGACCAUGAUUCCAGCCCCCACGGACCAGGACCACAUCUACUCCACCCUCACCGACAUGCAGUACAUGUCACAUGUGCGAUACAUUCAAACGGACACAGUUUCCUGCAAAUCAGUAACAUCCCAGUAAAAUCCUGAAAUGUUUCCAUCACAAACUCAUCCACAGAUACGUUUGUGAUGUUUAUAAUUGUAUAACUAUAAACAUCAGUUAUAAUAUUUAGCACUUUCAUGUUUUUUUAUUUGUGUAUGUUUGUUAUUACUUCAGUUUAUAAGCCCCGCCUCUCUGAGCUGUGGGUGUAAAUGAACGCUAACCCCUGAGCUUUGCCAGUCUCUUCUGUUGCUGCCGUCCCUACAGAUGCUGUAUUUCACAUCACGUAUGUUAUAUGAUUGUCACUAAUCUAAUGACUUAAUAACUUUUGCUACAAUGUGAUUAAAGAGGCCACUUUGACCAGCUUUAGCAUUAAAAUGCUGUUUGGACGGGUAAAUAAGAUUACACUAAAUAAUGAGUUUUGGUAUCAAACAUAGUUAACCUUUGUAUUGUAAAUUCUCUACAUGAUUUGAAUGGUUCCUGUUUAACCGUGUUUAAUAGUAAAACGUUGCAAUGCUGCACACUUUGUCUGAUUCUGUGACUGUUGCUGGUCUGUUGCCAUCGUACUCACUGACCUGUGAUCAUCUAAUCAACUAAAUCCAGCUAUCAGUAUGAGCACUGAUGCUGGUGCUGGAUCUAUACUAGUGUACUACGAUCAAUACUUUGUUUCUGUCCUCUAAGUUCAGCAUGUAGCUCACUGAACUCUGUUAAGUCAGUCAUUUCUUUGGAAAUAAAAAAUGUACGCCACACAUUCACUAUAAAAAUAUCUUUUUCA